GGAAAAACUGUAAGAGUAACAGUUAACUUAGUUGGUGAGUAGCGUUCGAACGUUUUUGAAUUAUUUAAUUUAGUAUUUCUCGCCUUAAUCUUUUACAGAAAUCUUGUUAGAAGUAAGUUUUUUUUUGCUGCGUUAGGAGUUGUUAGUCCUUCUAUGAGACGGCAGGAACAUAUUUUUUUUAUAAAUGUUUACUUUGAAAAGUUCGUUUUUGUUGUUCUCUACCUGAUGCAACUUUUUCCCACUUAGCUAAGGGUAUCGGCUGUUACAGAGACACUGGCCGACGGGCCAUACCAACCUUGGAGCGCAGAAGUCGCCUUCUCAGAGGAAAUUACCGCAGAAGACGAUACGCUAUCAAGAAAUGUGCUCUCGCGGCUUAUGCAAAGGGACACAGAGUAUUCGCUGUGCAACAUGGAGGAUGGUGCGCGUCAGGAAGGAGAGCUCAUCUCACCUAUGGGAGAUACGGAAGAUCUAACAGAUGUAGGAAUGGAAAAGGAGGACCUUGGGCUAAUGAUGUCUAUGUACUCAGAGGUAUCCGUUUUACUUAUGUCGCUCCUGAAGAUUUUUCUGGUUUUUCCAUUUCUUAUGGCUGUCUGAUCAAUAAGCUAUUUCCGAGUUUCAGAGAACCUCGCUUCUUUAAUGAGACUAAUUGCGAAACCUUUCCUGAAUACACGAGUUUUAUUAGUGUGAAAAUGUAAAUGAUAUUCCUAUAAAUCGUUUCGCCCUUAACUUCAAGGCUUUGGGUAUUUUGGAAAUGGCCUUUUUGUAGCUCCUUAUAGCUUUGUAAUUUAAUUUUUUUUCUUUCUUCUGAUAGGUUCAUGCCGUGUACGCUCAUCUACUGGAAACUGCUGUGUGUUCCCAUUCAUUUACAAGGGCAGACGGUACAACCGCUGUACCAGAGUCAACUCCAAACGAGCAUGGUGCGCCAGUACACCAAAUUACGAUCACGAUAAGCUGUUUGGAUACUGCGGAGGAAGAAAACGUAAGGAAUUAGUAAAGGAUAUCUUUUUUUACCUUAGAUAUGAUAUAAAUGGACAUUGAACGGUUUGUCUUACGAUACAGAGUCACUAUCAAUUGUAAACCACGAAGUUUUGACUGCUAUUCCGAUAGCCUCCCAGGACCCCUUAACUCAUUAUAGUCUAUUCGAUGGCCAAUUGUAGACCCACAUUGAUCAUUUUUGAUAAUAGGGUAACAACUUUUUAAUCGCAAGUCUUCCAAAUUUUUAAAUCCUUAGUUAACAGAAUUUUCUUACCCCAAAAAAUCCCGAAAAUGAGCGACCUCAUUCUAGCUCAUCAAUUGAAAAUACAACCAAUUAUAGUCAAUCCAGUUUUGAAAAUUGGACCUCAUCCGAAGGCACAUUACUACUAGCCUUUACGAAGAAGUUCCCUUUCCCCCCCCCCCCCCCCCCCGCCACGUUAUUAUUCCGCUAAGAAGAUGUAGUCGCCUCUCAAUUUUGCUGUUGUUACAUUUACCUUAAACGCUGUGUGUUGUUCCGUAGAAGAAAUUACGUAGGAAUCUUUCUCACUUAUUUAUGUGCUCGUUUGACGGUAAAAAAAAAAGACUAUUAACUAAAGCUUGCGCAAUUUCCCCCUAAAACAGCUGUGCGUCCAAUCAGGAUUACUACCUCGAUAACACGUAAGUAAAAUAACUCAAUAUUAGCGGUCAGGAUAACACACUGUAAUAUCCGCUUCGGUCCUACCGUCAAUCUACAUUGUAUUUAUGCAUUCCUGAAAAAAAAUUGCUUGCGUUAAAGUUGUUUUAGGAAAUCUUGCUUUUUGCAUUGAAGAGGGCAGCCUUGAAGUUGACUACUGAUGACGCCGCGUCAAAUGCUUAAUGGAAUUUGUGACAGAGUUAUUAAAAACAGUACCGAAAUUUCUUCUAAGAAAAGAAUAGGAACUUUCGUGCAUAGCAUGGCUGCCCAGUCUGUUUCUGAUGUUCUUUGUUAGCUCGCUUUUUUCAGAGCAAGUUCUUUGGUGACGACAAAACGAAGAAAUACACAUCUCUGAGUUCACUUCGAAACAAAAAAUUUAACAUCACGAUCCAUGGAUCUUUUAGGAGUAUACCUAUAUCUAUUUGGUCAAAAUGUUGACCUUGUUGACAUGUUAACUAAUACAAUAUAGAGAAAGGAUUGUCUCGCAUCAAUUUUUACCCUCAAACGAUACCCUUGUAGGCUUGAAAUUUACGUUUAUUAUCGAAACUAAGGUCCAAUAACCUUUUUUUUUGCGCAUGUUUGUCCUUCAGUCCAGAGGAUAGGAUGUUACAAAGACACCUGGCGCAGAGCCAUCCCUAUAAUUGAAGGCCGAAGCCCGUUCUUAAGAGGAAACUACCAACGAAGAAAAUACGCCAUUCGAAAAUGUGCGUUAGUCGCCAUAAAACGUGGCUACUCCUACAUGGGAGUCCAACAUGGCGGACAGUGUGCAUCCGGGCGUUAUGCCUAUAAAACAUAUGCUAAGUAUGGCCGGUCAAACAGAUGUAGGAAUGGAAAAGGAGGAGCUUGGGCUAAUGAUGUUUACAGGAUUUCAGGUGCUUAAACUUUUCAGCCACGCUGUUAUCGAUUACGCUGGUGGUAGGAAACUCAGGCAGCUUCUUAUCACCUCCUCUGGAAGUAGAGGCAAUCGUUUCACAAGCCAUGCUGUUUUUCUUUUCACAGGAAGGUGUAAGCAGCGUACUGUUACCGGCAACUGCUGUGUAUUCCCGUUCCGGUAUGGCGGGCGCAUAUACAGGUCAUGUACAACUCGUGGAAGUCGACUGAGAAGAGCCUGGUGUCCAACCCUCCCAGGCUACCGCAAAGGACAACCUUGGGGUUACUGUAGAGGAUAUCGAGGUAAGAUUUCAUCUUGUGAGGUUCGUUUGAUUGUUUGUUUGUUUGUUGAGUUAUCCAAUAGAUCGUGUUUAGGUGACUUCCACGGUCACUUUAGCACGCAUCGCACGGGCCAGAAAUCCAAGCGAAAAACCUCGGUCCGCAACUUUAAGUAUGGAACUCGAACUCAGUUGAUAAGAGGUUUUUACAUGGAAAGUAACUAAAUAAACAUAUCCAUUUUGCCAACAGUUCCACCAACACGAAUCACAAGUGGAGUUGUCAGUAAGUUAUGACUGAUUAUUAUUCAAAUAUUGACUAAAUCAACUUCCUCUCGCCGUCCGCUGCUUUCAAAUAGAGUUACACAAACAAAAGUGUCGAGUUGAGUGUUUUUAUGCAUUCAGUCUUCCCUUCUAUUCUCUGAUCUUAGUUUCGGAUUAAUAAACGAGUGUCUUGAUUCAUGCAGGCUUUUUCAGGGGUUAAGUAUAUUAAGAUUUUCAGGGUCUUUGUUAAUCAGGUGUACGGUAUCUCCCAAACACAACAAAAAGUUGUUUUUUAUUCGUGUAGUUUAGUCAAGUGAAGGAAAUUCCUAAUAUAUUGAAUUAAAGAUUUCACGGGGGAAAAAUUGGGUAUGUCAGUAUCCCGCUAACUCCCUUCCCCCCCCCGUCGGUCAUGUCCCUCCUCCCUUUCUCUUCCCCCCCUCGGUCAUGCCUUGUCCUGGUGAGUCUCAGAUUAGUUCAUUAACCUUUUGUUUUCUUUUUAUUCCUUGACAACACCUUUCAGUCAAACCACUUGGAUGCUUCAAAGACACUGCUCGGCGAGCUAUCCCAGGAGUGGACGGUCGUUACUCGUUAGUGAAAGGCUACUACCGAUCACGAAAAGCCGCCAUAGAGAAAUGCGCUCUUGUUGCUUUGAUGCUCCGAGCCAAGGUGUUUGCCGUCCAACAUCAGGGAUGGUGCGCUACGGGUCGAAGAGCUCAUGUGAAGUAUGGGAGGUACGGACGAUCCAAUCGGUGUAGGAAUGGAAAGGGAGGACCUUGGGCUAAUGAUGUGUACAGAGUGUAUGGUGAGUCCUGGCUACUGUUGGAUACAAUAAUUACUACAAAUUGAGUCGUCUUUUUUCUGACCUCAAUGGUGUACCCUUCAAAGUAAUUUGCGCAAGUUAUUAGAAACAGAUAAUGGUCUUUUGCUUGGUAUACUUUGUGUUCCACAUUCUCUCGUCUUCUUUCAUUCAUCUGAUGGUGUGUUUGGUCUACGGGUAUUCGUAAUUGUUUUUUUUAUUUUCAAAUUAAGAAAAAAAAUGAUUAGAGCGGUAACAUUUACGUUUAGGCAUUCCAUCGAAAAGAUUUACUUCUCUUAGAGAUUUUCUGAUCUCCUUGUGCAACCUUGUAAUGUAUCAUUGGACAUGAAUUAACCAUUGUAUAAUUUUAUCUUUCAGGAUCCUGUGGAGCAAAGACAACUAAACGUUAUUGUUGCUCGCUGCCGUUUAUCUACAAAGGUCGUCGCUAUAACAGUUGUACAAGAAAAAACCAUAAUCGUCCAUGGUGUGCUUUAACUUCUAACUAUGAUCGCGACAGGAAAUGGGCCAACUGUGCCAGUAAGAAUUUUGUUUUCACUUCCGGAAAAAGUGAAUCGUAGUUCUGACUAUAUAAUAUUUCUAUGAUUUUAUUUUAAUGUUUUCUUAUUUUUUUUGUAGCACGUAAACCUGUUCGACCAGUGAAACCAAUCAUUCCGCCCGUGAGAGGUUAGUUGAUCGAGUACUUGUGUGUUUUCACGCAGUCUUAAGAGUAGCAUAUCGCGAUGUUUAAAACAGUCGAGACACGUUGUGAUUAGUUUUUCUUCCAUUGUUUCGUCCCUCAACCUGUUUUCUUUUCAUUGCAGCCCGUGUCGUUCAAAUCACUACUGGAUUGAAAGGUAUCUCUUUAAUGUCGUAAUUCGGUUUUCUGAAUAGUUAAGACCAUUUUUACUGAAAAAUACAGACUUUUUCUUCUGGGACACUUUUUUUUUAAUCGAAACUCACUUUGAUUCCGUCUAAAAAAAAUGUUAAUAUAACAUUUUUACCAUUACCUUUCUCUAUCGGACACUUUUUACAGUCCUGAAGGAGUCCCUCGACUUAAAGUUCCAUUUAACACUAAAUAUAGCCAGAGUGGGACAAAUUUGCCCUCCUCCCCCCCUCCCCGUGGGUUUGAUAGACGUCUUAGCCUCUAUUUUAUUUAAACUGUGUGGAUCAAUUCUUCGCUUAUCCUCUUCAAGUCAAAUAUAAUUUAUUACAUAGAUAUUAUUUCAGAGUAAGAGGUUUGUUGGACCAGACGAAAACCUAAGGGACAAGUAUGAACCAAAAAAAAAAAGUUAAGUUACGGAUGGAGACUAAAAUUAAAGGGAUUGGGAACGACCAACUCUUAAAAAAUAUUCUUAUCCACCUCUAGCCAUACCUAUCGGUUGCUUCAGGGACACUGGUCGCCGAGCGAUUCCAACUAUGGAAGGGAGGAGCCGUCUCCUCAAAGGACCUUACCGACGAAGAAGAUAUUCGAUUCAAAAAUGCGGUGUCGCUGCAGAAAGACGAGGAUAUAGAGUGUUUGCAAUACAGCACCAGGGAUGGUGUGCUUCAUCUAAAUUCGCCUAUCGAACGUAUGGAAGAUACGGAAGAUCUAAGAGGUGUAGGAAUGGAAAGGGAGGACCAUGGGCAAACACUGUUUACAUUCUGAAAGGUAACAGGAACUUUUCUGCCAGUUUGAGUUAACCAAAUAGUUUCUGAUUAAUUUUUCUACUGCUUUGCCGUGAGCUUUAGGGUUCGUAUUUGAUUUCCAGUUUCUUGUCCUCGUCGGGAUGUUUUCAUCUUAAUUCCAAAUGAAUCCCUCAAGAGUAACUAAAAACGGCUACAACCGCGUGUAAUACUCAUGACACAACUGCAUUAACAAGGAAAUCAGCUUUGCUCUAAAAUCAACUACGCUGAUGUAGGGCGUGGUAGAGAGCUGAACUUAUUUGUAAAGUUCCUUACGUUGCUAAAAAUACUUACAAGGGAGUAGAGAAAUAUUUGAUAUGAGUUAACUUAGUAUAGUGUUAACCCAGACGUUUCAUUAAAAGCCAGUUACCGUUGGUCUACCGCUUCCUAGAAGACCUCUCACUGCUGUCUUGUUUAACCCUUUAACCCUUGAGAGUGAUUAACAUCUAAUUUCUCCAUAGAAAAUCACCCCUCAAUGAAACGUUAAGGUCAUGAGAAUAAAAUAAAUGAUCACCAACUAAAGAAGCUCUUGAUUUUUUAACAAAUUCUCCUUGUCAGCACCUUAGGAAAUGUAUAGAGAACAGUAUGGAGAAUAUGCAUACUGAUGUUAGGGUGUAAAGGGUUAAACUGCGAGCUGGUUCUCGUGUUGGGUUUCAGCACAGCUGCCUAUUACAUCAUCAGUAGCAGCUCAUGCGAAAAAUUAUUGAAACCGCUGGUCAAUCGCCUUUCGAACAACCCACCGCCGAACAACACAUUCAUUAGUUUACUCCUGUCUUCCAAGCCAACCGGCAAAAUACCAAUGACUGAUUUAAUUAUAUUAUUCCUCUAGGCUCUGCUCGUGCGCGAACAACACGCAACAACGCAUGCGUGUUCCCGUUUGUCUACAAAGGUAGAAGGUACACCAGCUGUUCAAGGGUCAACUCAAAACGGCCCUGGUGCGCUAUUACUCCUAACUAUGACGUGGACAAAUUGUGGGGAUACUGUCGUGGACGCGGAGGUGAAGAUUAUCUUAAAUACCAAAAGGCCCACUGUACAGCUUUUGCUAAAGUUAUUGAACACGCCACAGUACUCGCUUAUCGAUGCGCAAGUUAUCUUAAAUUUCGUUUCUCCUUGGUAUUACAAAGUUUUUCUACCUUCUCCGAGAACGUUUUUCUUUUACUUUAUUAAUUUCUUCAAAUUGAAAGGAAAAAAAACUACUCAAAAUGAACUUUGUUUUCCGGUUUUAUUUCUUUUAGUUCCUGAGAUAAAGAUCGUUCCAUUUAUUAGCAGUAAGUAUUCCUUGUUUGGUGUUUUUUUGUUUACCUUUUUGUUUUUUUGUUUUUUUUUACUGCUCAUCUCAAAUGUUUGGGUGACUUUCGGACAUUUUUGUAAAAUAUGUCAUUGAUGGGUGCUAUAGUUAGUCUGACCCUUCUUGAACGUCUCCUUUUGAAUCGCUAGUUUUCUUUCUUCGGUGUGAUGAGCUAAAUAAGAGAACUUAUGAAAUAGUUUGUACCAACAAAUGUCGAAAUUUUCUUUCGUAACUAGCCUCCUUGGUAAUUCCCCGGUCUCCAUGAUCAGUUUUUUCUAAUGAUAUUUUUUACGGUUCUUCUGCAAUUGCAAGAGUACUUUACAAAAUGCGUCAGAUGGGUCAUGGCUAAUGACAUAUCAUCUUUACACUUGCAGUCCAAAGAAUCGGCUGCUUCCGUGAUACAUCUCACCGAGCUAUCAAACCAUUGGACGGUAAACUUCUGCUUGUCAGAGGAAAUUACCAGAGAAGAAAGAAAGCCAUUGCUAAGUGUGCCCUGGCUGCCUCUCGAUUUGGUUUUAGGGUGUUUGGAGUCCAACAUGGCGGCUGGUGUGCAUCCGAUCCGCGGGCUUACAGAACCUACGCCAAGUACGGCCGAUCAAACAGGUGCAGGAAUGGAAAGGGAGGCCCCUGGGCGAAUGAUGUUUACAGAAUCUCAGGUUUGUUAUGUUUCUCUUACCAUUUAGUAAGUUUAUCAUCUGAACGGCAUAGCUAUCAAAAACCUGUGUAACAGUCUGGUUUUAAUGAUUAGUUCAUACCAGAAUCAUAAUUUUUUGUAUGAAGCAUCUCAACGGAGCGGAACCUUAAAUCCUCGAAUGUGAUUGGUUGAUCGUGUGCUCGUAACCAAUCCACCCUUUACAAUACGGAUCACGGUCCGGAAUUUUUUCCGCGCCAUUCGCGCAAAGCGAGUAAAAGCAAAGCAAUAGAAAGUUUGUAAGGAAUAAGUAAUUAACAGAUCAUCAAUUGAUUCUUUAUUCUGAGUUGUCGUUUUAGUCACAUUAAUUUUGGUUUGUGAAACUCUAACGAGGUGCACAUUACUUGUCUUGUCUAGUGUUAUGGCUCAGUUUAUUUUCCUACAGUAUAUUCUACGUAGAGUUUUCUUCUUACUCGCCUUUGGACCUGGUGGUUCCUCACUUAUCAAAACCUUCUGUUGACCUCGUCAUAACUGAUAAAUUCUCUCAUAACCCUUUCUUGUUUCUCAUAAUUCGGUUAUGAUAUGAUUUUGCCUUACUAGGAAAAUGUCGUCUUCGCACUACAACUGGCUACUGCUGUGUACCAUUCACGUAUCGCCGGCGUCGAUACAGAGGUUGUGCUACAAACAGUCGUGGCCAAAAGUGGUGCGCGAUCACUCCUGACUUUAGGACGAACAAACUGUGGGGGUACUGCAGGGGUGGAGCAAGACGUAAGUCAGAUCAAUUUGCCUCGUAG